AUGCAGCAUGUAUCAGGAUUUGGCUAUCCCACCCCGCCCGCGUCGCCGGUGUACGACAACGCAAAGUGUUCGAUUCAACAACCCAUCACGACAGCACCUCACUGCCAAGCACGAUAUGUCCCGUUAUCACCAGAGGCAAGACUUGGAAGAUUCCUCGAGGGCAAGUUGCAACUGACAACCAUCCUGGGUACUGGCGCAUAUGGCGUCGUCUAUGCCGCAGUGGAUGUCAAGACCGGAGUCCGUUACGCCGUCAAGUGCCUCAGUAAAUUCAACCCAGAUGGAACCCCAUUGGAUCGUCGACAAGUUGCCUUCCAGAACCGAGAGAUUCGUCUGCACUACUUGGCCUCGGCCCACCCCAAUGUGGUGUCGAUGCUCAAGAUUGUCGAUGACCCGGACUGCAUCUACGUUAUCUUGGAAUAUUGCCCGGAAGGUGACCUGUUCUUCAACAUCACCGAGUGCGGUCAGUAUGUCGGGAAUGACGACCUCGCCAAGAGAGUCUUCCUGCAGGUCUUGGAUGCCGUGGAGCAUUGUCAUUCUCUCGGAAUCUACCAUAGGGACUUGAAGCCGGAAAACAUUCUCGUUUCGGACCAAGGAUCAACUGUCAAGCUUGCCGACUUUGGCCUCGCAACCUCAUCCGACCGGUCAGAGGACUACGGAUGCGGCUCAACGUUUUACAUGAGUCCAGAAUGCUUGGACCACUCCGCGCGGAAACCUUACUACUUGUGCGCACCCAAUGAUGUCUGGAGCCUUGGAGUCAUUCUGGUCAACCUGACCUGUGGACGCAACCCGUGGAAGCAAGCCUCAUUCGAGGACUCUACUUACAGGGCUUACACCCGAUGCCCGGAAACUUUGAAGAGCAUUCUCCCCGUGUCGGAUGAACUGAACGACAUUUUGGGGAGAAUCUUCACCCGUGUCCCGGAUCAAAGGAUUACUCUAUCCGACCUGAAGGCAAGAAUCCAGAAUUGCUCUAGGUUUACCAUGCCGGCGACGCCGACAGCUGUGCUUUCGACUACUCCCGUUUCGCACGAGCAUAUCACCGAAUACGUUAACUGCGAGGAUACGAUUGUCGACGACUACGACAACGCCCUCUCACCCGCCUCCUCUUCCUCGGACGAGGGAUCUACUUGUUCAUCUGACGACGGGUCACUCACAUCAAGUGGUUCGACUAUCGACGAUCUUGACGAGGACUUCCUCCAGGAACAACAGGAGACUAUGGAAUGCCACACCCAAACAUAUGAACCAGAGGAUACCAGCACAGCCUUCUUCCCCAUUCAGGACUAUGUUCCCCAACAGUACAGUGGACCGGUACCAUCGCAGCUCGCCGGACAGGAGCCUUUCCGCGUUCAGAUGCCUGUAUCGACACCGGCACCUGCCCAGGCUCAGUUACAGGCACCUAGUUGUCCGUCCAAGUCUUUCGUCCAGUUCUGGUGGGGAGAUGUGUUGAAGUAUGCUCAGCAGGCCCCUGCUAUUCAUCCUCACAUUCCCUUCCACCAUCAAGUUCCCGUCUUCUCGCACCCGCAAGGCUGCUACUAG